AGUGCAGUGAAGGGUGGUUUGGGCGCGGCCCCUGAGGCGCUUACUGCUGUUUUAAGAGGCUACGUAGUGCAGGUUUACGGUGUGAAAACAUGCAUCCGUGGCCGUGUUUACGCAGGAAAAAUGCAGCUCUACUGUGUGAGGCAUCUAAUAAAGUCACAGGAGAGAGAUUUUGCGGAUAAUAACGUUUUUAUCGAUUCGUUUUGCGCAAUGAGGCCUAACAGGGCGAAGAGUCGGGCUUGAGGAAUUCACCGUAAUCAGAUAUGGCCUCUCAGCUUCAGGCAUUCUCCUCCCCUUCGGUUUCCUCCAGCGGCCUUUCUCGCUCCAAGAAGCUCAAGCUGGAGAAGCCUGCAUGGGAUGGUGAGAAUAAUUACAAUCUGCAGAGCCCUAGACAAGCCAGUGCAUCCUCACCCUCAGCUCCGGAUUUCAACUCCAACUAUGGCUCUAACAGCCGUGGCUUUCCUUCCUCCAAUGGCACCCGUGAGCACACGGUUGUACGCGCUGCCGACAGCACUGGCAGCGUCCCUGGACCGUCCUCCUCCUCCUCUUCUUCCUCCUCUUCUUCCUCAUCGUCGUCAAGCCACCGGGGUAAAGGCGGUUACCAAAAACAGAGCGGUGUGAAAAGGAAGAGCGAAGAGGUGGAGAGCAGCGACAGUGUGCAGAUCCUGGAAGAACUCUCGGCCCCGGUGCUGUCCAACCGGGCUGGUGGAGCAGGUGGAGGAGGCACCACUACAGCACAAUCCAUCACUCAUUCCACCUCCACAGCCAAGAGCAGCAACUCGCACAGUGAGGGCGACUACCAGCUGGUGCAGCACGAGAUCCUCUGCUCUGUCUCCAACAGCUACGAGGUGCUGGAGUUCCUUGGCCGCGGCACCUUCGGCCAGGUCGCCAAGUGCUGGAAGCGUGGCACCAACGAGAUCGUGGCCAUCAAGAUUCUCAAAAACCACCCGUCUUACGCUCGACAGGGUCAAAUUGAGGUGAGCAUUCUGAGCCGGUUAUCUACAGAGAAUGCUGACGAGUUCAACUUUGUGCGCUCGUACGAGUGCUUUCAGCACAAGAACCACACGUGCCUGGUGUUUGAGAUGCUGGAGCAAAACCUGUACGACUUCUUAAAGCACAGCAAGUUCAGCCCGCUGAUGCUGAAGUGCAUCCGGCCCGUUCUGCAGCAGGUGGCCACCGCACUGAUGAAGCUCAAGAGUCUGGGCCUGAUCCACGCCGACCUCAAACCGGAGAACAUCAUGCUGGUGGACCCCAUCAGGCAGCCUUACAGGGUGAAGGUGAUCGACUUCGGCUCGGCCAGUCACGUCUCAAAGGCUGUGUGUUCCACCUACCUGCAGUCCAGAUACUACAGAGCUCCUGAGAUCAUUCUGGGUCUGCCGUUCUGCGAGGCCAUCGAUAUGUGGUCUCUGGGCUGCGUCAUUGCUGAACUCUUCCUCGGCUGGCCACUUUAUCCCGGAGCCUCUGAAUACGACCAGAUCCGUUACAUCUCGCAGACACAAGGCCUACCAGCCGAGUACCUCCUGAGCGCGGGAACGAAGACCAGCCGAUUCUUCCACAGAGGACCAGAUGCCAGCUACCCCCUGUGGAGGCUCAAGACGCCAACAGAACACGAGUCAGAGCUUGGCGUCAAGUCCAAAGAGGCUCGGAAAUACAUCUUCAACUGUCUUGACGACAUGAUGCAGGUUAAUAUGACUAAUCUAGAAGGCACAGACAUUUUGGCAGAGAAGGCUGACAGGCGGGAGUUUAUUGACUUGCUAAAGAAGAUGCUCGCUCUUGACGCAGAUAAAAGGAUUACCCCGAUGAAGACCCUUAACCACCCGUUUGUAACCAUGACUCAUCUUCUGCACUUUCCCCACAGCGCACAUGUUAAGUCCUGUUUCCAGAAUAUGGAGAUCUGUAAACGCCGAUGCACCGCCUUCGACAACAACAAGAACCUCUUUAGCAACAGCAGCGCGCCGAGCGCGGCCACCAACCUCACUGUGACCUUCAGCAGCCAGCUCAGUCAGCACAGUCAGCAGAUGGCGCCCUCUGGUGGUCAGUCUCUGUCUCUGAGCAGCAACGUUCCUCUGCUUAACUACCAGCCGGAUCUGUACCAGCAGGCCACCAUCAACAUCCCGGGUCUGACACAGCAGAGCGUCCCACUGCAGACCAGACACACACAACUGUGCACUCAGACUGAACCCUUCCAGCAGACCCUCAUCGUCUGCCCCCCCACUAUACAAGCAGGGCUCCAGACCUCCAGUAAACACUCGGGAUAUCCAGUGCGCAUGGACAACUCUGUCCCCAUGGUCCCCCAAAACCAAUCCGCUCAGUCCUUGCACAUCCAGCCCAGCAUGCUGACGCAGGGCUCCUGCACACCACUGAUGGUCGCUGCCCUACACCCCCCUGCAGCAGGAGCGCCCCCUCUGUACCCACUGCCCCUGGCAUUGAGUCGUUUGUCUACGAUAGCCGGGCACCUGGAGCCGAGCACAGCCAUGCUGCAAGGCUGGCCUGCAGGCACACAGCAGAUCCUUAUCCCGUCGGCAUGGCAACAGAUGCCAGGCAUGGCCAUCCAUGGCACCGGUCAGCCCGUCAUUGCUGAAUCUCCAGUCGGCUCUCUUUUGGCUGAUGGCUCGAGCCAGUCCAGUGCCACCUGGAGAGGGCGGCACGGUGGCCAGUGUGACGGCACACAGCAGGACGCCACACAGGGAUGUCACGUGACCUCACAGACUCUCAACACCGGCACAGCCAACAGUCGAGCACAGCAGAGCAGGGUCAAGAGACCAAAGGGUCGCGUUGCAGAAAGCAGAGCUAGGCCCGUGUCCUCUACACUGCACACCAGUGGUGACCCUUCGCAACCGAUCGUCAUCUCGGACACACCCAGUCCGGCCGUCAGCAUCAUCACCAUUCCCAGUGACACAGAAGACGAAGAUGACACCAAAGUCCCGCCCACUAGCUGCAGCGCAAACCAGCGUGCGAACGUGAUCAGCUGCGUGACCGUUCACGACUCUCAGGACUCCGACUCGUCUACCUGCAGCCCUCUCACUCCUAAACGCUUGCCCAACUCGACCGACAGCAGCGGACAAGGCUCCAAGUCUCUGGCUGUAGUUAUGCCCUCGCUGAAGAUUCAGCCAUGGGAGGGGGUGACCAGUGAGCAAAGCAGCACAACAGCCACAAAAUCGAAGAAGACUUCAGCGUCGCAUUCCUCUCGCUCAGGAUUGUCCGGCAGUGAGCGGAAUCCCAGAUCAGUGACCACCAAAUCACAGCCUCUCAACCUGAGCCAGGUCCAGCAGCCCGUGAUGUCCUCUCACGACAGGUCAGGGGGCGGAUCCCUGAGACGUCAACCCACUUAUCCUCCGGCAGGUCCGCCGCACUCCUACAGGCUGCACGAGGCCUCGCUUUUUAGCUCCGCCCCAAACCUGUACGCCUACCCUGCCUCGGCCGCCCUGGCCUCAGUUUCGCAGGCUGUGGAUCAGCUGCACAACUCCACCGGCUCUUCGUCCUCUUCCUCCACGUCCUCGUCUAUCAGGCACACGCGUGCCACCGGGCCUUACUCUGCCUCUCUGAGUCUGCUGCAGAAGAGCAGCGCUAUGGGGCUGAUGGGCCAAUCAGCUGCCUCGCACUGCCAACAGCAGCAGCUCCCUGGGCAGCCGUACCCUCUCAGCCAGAGGAAACUCAACCAGUACCCGUACCUGUGAGACACCUGACCACACAGCAGUUCUGUUUUACGUAGUAACGUGUAUUUUUUAAUGCGCCUUAAGUUCAUCCAUGGAGUUAAAUCAGAUCGUCUUAUCGGUUUACAUUUGAUCAAAAUGUAACGGAAGGUGUGACUGUAUAAAACCGUCCUUUAGCACUAUCUAUCUGUGGUGUUUAAAACACGCUCUCAUUUUAAUCCUCCUGCUCUCAUCGAACUAUAAGAUAUCAACAUUAACCCUACUUGGACGGGAUUAGUUUCUCUGGGCGAGUUUGGACCGAAAUACGUUUUAUAUAAAAUAGCGUUCGGGUUAUCGGAUCGUUUACAGUCAUGUUUGUUUGUCAGCUUUCGAUGUCGGACGUUCCGAGUAAAAAAAAAAAAAAAAAGAAUCGUCCCAUGAUCUCGUGCAAGACGUGAAUGAACAGCGUCAUGCUUCUGGGUCAGUUUUAUCUGGGAACGCACUAGUUGACUAAAAAAAAAAUGAAGACAGCAAUGCAAAAAAAUAAAUAAAUAAAUAAAACACAAGAAGCGGUAAACUCGCUUCUCUAAACGUAAACUAAUCCCAUCCAAAUAGGAUGUUUAAACUUUAUCGUAUUUUAUUCCUUUGCUCUGUUUUUACUGCCUUUGUGUAAUAAUCAUUACUUUACUGUUUAUUUACAGGUGCCUUCGCCUAUAUUAGCACUUACCUUUUAAUGUUUCCGUGUGUUCACGUUGGUUUUUAUGUCCGUGUGUGUGUGUGUGUGUGUGUGUGUGUGUGUGUGUGUGUGUGUGUGUGUGUGUUAAUGGAUAUAUCGUGCCGACAGUUGCAUGUUUAUGUAGAGUCGUAGGCGCUACAUAGUCAAACGUUUUUAGGCUGCAUCAGCAAAUGUACGAGAGAGUUAAGAUGAUGAUGAUGAUGAUGAUGAUGUAUCGAAGGCUGGUGUUGUGUAAAGUGGUGGUGUGCAGUCAGUUCUGUAGAUAGCACUUAGAAACUGUUAACAUGGAUGUAUGUGCUCAUGAACUUGUGCCUAGCGUGUGUGUGUGUGUGUGUGUGUGUGUGUGUGUGUGUGUGUGUGUGUGAGAGAGAGAGAAUCCGAGUCACAGAGCUAAGCCUGCUUUUCACAAGCUUCUUAUCAGUGGACAUUUUGCUCUAACUAGAAGAUCGUGAAUCGCUGCUUUUAGGCCGGUGGUUUAGAAUAAAACAAUUGUGCAAUUGUGAAUGUUUUUACUCUUCUAUCAGAAUGUGGAGUGUAAAGUAGAUCAAAAUACUGAUAAAUAUACAUAUCGUAUAUGCACAAUAAACAUUUUCAGUGUA